CUCCUCCUCCUCCUCCAUCCUUUGCACCUCACACCUGCAGCACACUUUCCUGCUGCCGGCUCGGGCAGGGCUGGCUGGUGGUCAGGUGGCCCCGCAGCCUCGCUUGGCUGACGUGGAAGCUAACGGGAACCCGCCCUAUAUCAAGCGCGGGCGGGCGGGCCGAGUGCGGCUGAGCGAAGCGCCAGGCGCCUGAAAGGGUGGGAAAGGAGAUAGGACGCGGCGGACGCUGAGCUGAGCGCUCCCUCCGGGAUUUCCUUCUUUUCGCCUUCCCUUGGCCCGACUCGAAAGGAAAAAGCGGCCGCGAGACAGUCCCGAGGGAGAUGGCUGCAGAGAUGGAGCCUAGCAGCCAGCAAGAUCUGCUGCAAAAUGAAACCAUUCCUGAGAUUGGAGAGGAUGCAGCUGCUUCAGUUAAUGUUUCAGAAGCUCUUUCUGAAGAAGAACAGGAUGAACUACGGAGAGAGCUUGCUAAGGUAGAAGAAGAAAUCCAGACUCUGUCACAGGUGCUCGCUGCAAAAGAGAAGCAUCUAGCAGACAUAAAAAGAAAGCUGGGAAUCAAUUCAUUGCAGGAGCUGAGACAGAACCUUUCCAAAGGGUGGCAAGAUGUUACAGCAACAAAUGCGUAUAAAAAAACAUCAGAAACGCUCUCUCAAGCGGGCCAGAAAGCUUCUGCUGCCUUUUCAUCUGUUGGGUCUGCAAUAACAAAGAAGCUGGAGGAUGUGAAUAUACGUUGUCUACAGCAUUCAAUUAGCAUGCCUGCUAUGAGAAAUUCUCCAACUUUCAAGUCAUUUGAAGAAAGGGUGGAAAACCUAAAGUAUAAGGUUGGGGGAAACAAGCCUGCUGGGGGUGACUUUGGAGAGGUCUUGAACUCUGCUGCCAAUGCCAGUGCCACAGAAGUUACUACAAAGAUAGAAGAGGAGACUCAGUGAUCAUCUUGUUUCCCUUGUGCUACCCACUGCCAGAUGCUGCAAGCAAAUACUGAAGCACAACACCUCUGCUGCCAGCUCUUCCAAGAUGUCCUUCUAUUUAGCACUUAGCUGUGUAAUAGAAAUUUGUUUCUUUAGGUUCAGAGUAUUUUUUUGAAACUGUAAAAAGACACUGUAUGCCUGUGUUAUAUGUGAGAAGGGAAUUCUAUGCAUUUGGAAUGUUUAGCAAUUAUUUUAGACCAGAAAAUAAUGUUUAAGACACUGGAUUAGAAAAGUUUAAGCAUUAAGAAUUUCAACAUUAUAUACAUAUUUAAUGCAGAUGCUGUGCUGCAUAGCAAUUAUUUCAUGCCAUGGUAAAUGCCUGUUUCCACAUAAAGCCUAAAGUAAAAAGGCUUCAUCAGUCGUCUGGUGAACACCUUGUAACUGGUCUUAUUGCAAGAACUCUUAUUGUACGAAUAAGUUGGUUUCAGUUUUGCAGUGUAAACUUGGCUCACAUGUAUGUUGUGGUUGUGAACUUGGUGACACUGUAAGAUCUUCCAACUAGUACUUGCCGAUGCUUUAUUGAGGUUCCUGUAAACAGAUCUGUACUAACAGUAGCUGCUCUUAACUGUUCCCAAGUAAGCAGAUGCAGUUUGUUCUUGCAUAUUACAAGUGUCACUUAAAUCAGUUUUGUCAGUUGCCUAUUAAAUGUUAGAGGAGUAAAACUGGCUCAUAAGCUAUGAAGCCUAGUUGUUUUGGCCUACAUGUUUUUACAUGAACGCAGCAAAUUGAGUGAUCGAAAUAUUAUGCUAACAAAAUAAAAUUAUGUAAAUGUUAAAAUAAAAGGAUAAAAUCCCCUCCUUGACUUUUAAAAGCAGCAAAUCUGGGCCACACCCUCCCUAGCACUUACACCAUUUCCUCUCUAGAUGCAUGUGGUUGGCAAUGCAUGGUCUGAGCAGUAUGUCUUGUUGAGUGUCCAGGUGAGCAGAGCUCAUAGUGACUGGGCAAAUAAAUGCACACUGGAAUGUAGUUGCUCUAGAUUCCACCUUUGAAUCUGCAUGACUGCAAGAGUGCCUUGCAGGAGAACCCUCUAAGCUGGCAACCCAUAUUGAAGCCCGGAGAAGGUUGCACUUCAGUGUUGAAAAGUGUGGCCAUAGUUUUAAAAACAAACUCUCCAGAUCAACUGCUGAUACUGUAAAUAAACUUUCUAGAAGCUGAAUACAUUACACCUCAUGUACUAUAUGCCUGUACGAACCUUUGGGCACAUUAUAGGGUAUUACCAGAAUAAGCUUUAUUUUGCCACCCUUAAGCACUAAACUUGGAAUGGACGAAACCUCAUAUUAAAAGGUGUGUUGUAAUUAAUGCAAACCUAUAUAUUUUGUACCGGCACCAAAAAUGCCACACAUUAGUCUGUACAGCAGUUCUGCUGCAUUUGAUGGCUUCUUGUAGCAUUUCAAUUCUAGUCCAAGUACUUGAUUUCAUGUAAAAAUAAAAGCAAUGUAUUCUCAAA